AUGACAUUAUUCGAUGCUGAUCUAUUCAUACCUGAUUUACUAAGCCCUGAACAAUGUCAUCGCUUAUACGCUGUAUUAAUUGCUGUUGAUUCUUCUUUUAUAGGAUCACUUUCAGAUGCGCGUAAUACCAUAUGUGAUACAAAAGAUGUAAAGAAUAUUCUUAAUGAAGUAGCUAAUAAAAUACAAGUUUCUGAAGAUGCUUCAGAAUCCACUAAUACUACCAAGACUGUUAACACUUUUCAAGACUUAUUACCAAAGAAGAAUCCUCAACCUUUAUCACAAAAGCGUAAAUUAAAAGAAGUAGCUGAUUAUGUACAGGAUUACAAAAACUUACUACCAAAGAAUUCUCGACCUCUAUCACAAAGGCAUAAAUUAAAAGACAUAAAAAACAUUCUUAAUGAAGUAACCGAUAAUGUACAAGAUUCAGAAACAAUUACAUCCCUUAUCACGACUGCGACUGAUGUUUUAGAUUCCACUAAUACUGUCAUCGAAACUAUUGACACCUCUUAA